UUUAUAUUGUGAAUCCUCUUUUAUUGCAAAUGUUACAAUGUAUACAUACACAACUUAUUUACUAAGUUAUUACUUACCUACACCAACUCAGCUGUGACUUAACCUAUGUUUUUUAAGUAACUUGUAUGUUGAUAAUUUUUAAAUAUAUUGUAAAUUAAAUUAAGAACCAUAUUUUUGGAUGAAAUCAGAAAAAUUGUAUUCGAAUCAAUACAAUUAGAAUGCUAACUUUAAUAACUAACUCUUAUACACUCAAAUAUGCAUAUACCACAGCUUCAUCAUGUAUAAAAAUAUUGAAAAGAAAUUAUUUGAAAAAUCAUCCUUAUAAACAUAUUCAUCCCUGGAUAUCAUUUACACAAUUUUCUGAUGAUCUUUUAAACAAUAUAAUUUAUAAUAAAGAUGGUUUAGUAGUAUUGAAUAAACCAUACGGAAUAAGACGUAAAUCUCUUGAUACAAGCAUAAUACAUGUACAAAGUAAAGUACCCAAUAGUGUAGAUUAUACAUUAGAUGAUGCUUUACCUUAUAUAGCUAAACAAUUAAAUUAUUUAAAUUUAACUAUAGUUAAGUGUCCUGAAAUAUAUAUGAGUGGUAUUACGUUAUUAGCAGCAAAUGAGCAUGUUCAUCGUGCUAUAGAACUUGCAUAUGCUCGUUCUCACUUUCAAGCAAACACUUAUUGGAUAGUUACAGUCGGUAUAUCAAAACAAUUGGAAGGUCAGAUCCGUUUGGGAAUGAAACCAAUUUCAGAUCCUCAAUUUAAACACAGAAAGAUAAUUCUUACGUCAUCAUGGUCUCGUAAUGAAGAAAAGUAUCGCAAGAUAAAACUGUUAAAAGCAGAAUACAAGGUGUUAUCCAACUCUACAUUUAAUUUGUGUUCCUUAGUUGAAUUAAAAUCAUCUACUCAUGCUAAAAAUGCUAUUAGACUGUUUGCUGCUACAUAUCUGUAUUCUCCAAUUCUAGGAGAUAAUAUUUAUGCAUCUCGGAUUCAGAAAAUAGGGAAUACUUAUGUAAGGGUUGACCCAUUUCUUAGUUGUCCUGGACUACCAAAAUUGGAUAUGAAACUUCUGCGAUUGUUAAAUGUAAGGGUUAAACAACAAGAAAUUAUUCCUGCUCACAUUCACUUAAAAUCAGUAGUUCUACCAUCAUUUUUUGGAAAAACUUUAACAAUUGAAGCUCCGUUAAUGCCACCUUUUGAUUGGACAUGUAAACAGCUUGAUUUUAAAUAUUUAAUGCCAAUAAUGUCUUAUAAAUCACAAUCAGCAUUAUAAAUACCAUGAUUUAAAUAUAAGUUUUUUUAUUUUGUAAAAUCAUAUUUCUUAACCUUAUAUAUAAUAUUUUAAUAAUUUAUUUAAGAAAACAAUAUAAUUAUUUAAUAAUGACUCAAAGUACAAUAAUUAAUGACUAAGUACGUAUUUGCCUUUCAAUAUU